AUGAGACUUGCAGUCGCGGUCCUGGUCGCCAUUAUCGCGGCGGUGUUCGUAUCAGCAGACGUCCCGACUUCCAGACACGAGUCUCCCAACGAUUCGGAUGACCACGACAAACUCCGCCGCCACCAAACGAACACGCAGCCUUCGGUCGAUGACAACUGCUACAAUAACGUUGGGCAAAUCGUUCCCUUGGUUAUCGGAAUGCGCUACAGCUCUGGUGCCUACAAGACGUACAGCAGAAUCACCAAGGCAGCAUGCCGCGAGCUUUGCUUCAACGAUAUGAGCUGCAAUGCUCUUAACUUCCAAUCCACAGGCACCAAAACGACUUGCGAGCUCAUCGACCAGGUCAAUUUUUGGGAUACAAGCUCAGACUGGGCAGACAAAGGUUGGGGGUCAAUUUGGAUUAAAACGGAUCAAAAGUAA